AUGCCGUUCAAACCUCCUGAAGUAGUCAAAUGUCCAAAAUGUAACCAAAAUGUCUAUGCAGCCGAAGAAGUUCCAGCAGCUGGCAAAAAAUUUCACAAAAUGUGCUUUAAAUGCGGUUUAUGCAAAAAAAUGCUUGAAUCAACAACACUUGCUGAACAUGAAGGCAAUUUAUUCUGUAAACAAUGUUAUGCUCGUAAAUUUGGUCCAAAAGGUGUUGGCUUUGGCGGUGGAGCAGGUGCUCUUGGUAUGGAUACUGGUGAACAUCUUGGAAAUGUAUCUGGUUCAGAAAUGUCAAACAAACCAACUUAUGCUCCACCACCUGGUGCUGGUCAACAACACUAA